AUGGAAAAGUAAAGGUAAGAAGCUCAUUAUAAGCAUCUGGCUGAGAGUAUUAAACGGCAGCAAAGGGGUGUCGAUGGAUAAAACAAUGCAGCAAUCAUGACAUUUAACUCUAAGUAUCCUCCACAGAACUAACAGAAUAACUCUAUCAUUUAAGAAGCGUAGUCAUCCUAAAUGGAAACAUCAUCCAGAAUGUAUACAUCUAGAAGAACCACCGUAAUGACUAGCAAGGACCCCCAAUAUACUUACUCUCAGUAAAGAGCCACAGCUAAUUUUUCAAGUUAUGACAGUCUUUCUGUUGCGAUGCAAAGUAGUCAGAGGGCUCCAGUGAAUUACAAUAACAAUAACAGUGUUUCUGCUCUGCAUAAUCAUUAGGCAUUCAACCCCCUCAAAAGCACUACUAGUGCUAAGACUUUUAUCAGCAAUACAGCACUCACACCUAUUCUUAGAUCAGCAAGGAAUAAGGGUAAUGGGGCAGAUUCAGAAGAGUUAAAGGAUUUCACGCACACUGAGUUCACUGAAACAGUAAAUGAUGAAGACUAUGAGGAUGAUGACUUGGAUAUUGAGUAAGAUUCUUAAUCAAAUGAAAGUUCAGUUGACGAAGAGAAUGAGUACAAUCAAACGCAUGUCAACCUGCUCGAGUACACUCAAAAUCUGAAUAGCAAUCAUUCGUAGUCACUUUGGGGGUAUUAUGUACUGUUUCUUGACCCUGAAAAUUUCAUAUACUACAGAAAAGAUCCAAGAAGAGACGACUACAUAGUCCUUGAACCAAUUGUUGAUGAGCAUUUCAAAGAGAAGUUUCUCCACGCGAAUAAGAUUCAUUUAUACAAAAUUAGAAAACUACUGGUGUUGGAAGGCUUUAGCUGGAAUUUCAAGGGGGAGGCUGAUAUGUAUAGAAGAAGACCAUUUCCAAGGCAAUUCCUAUAAAAUGAAGCUAGUGACUACCCAUGCUAUGUAUUUUAAUCAGAACUAAGCAAAGCGUUUAACAAUAAGGGUGAAAUUGAUACGGUCGUAGAUUUGCUAGAGUACAAGCAAUAGAUGUAUAAUGAGGGUAGAAUAUAGAACAUGGAUUAAGAUCUGGUUAUAACAUUUAAUGAGUCACUGGUCAACUCAACUAAGGAGUUCAUUAAGAAUAUUCUUAGAUAAGUCUAUGGCAGAUAUGGCUUCAAGAUUAAGCCAAAACCAAACUACAAUCUGAUACUUAAAGCUGACGGGUACAGAGAAUAUUUUGAAGGAAAUUAUCAGCUUCUAUAGUAUGAGAGAGUUAGAACCUGCCUAAGAAAGAAUGAGAAGAUGAAAUUACUCCUAACUGAAAUUCCCAACAACUACAGGGAUCGUAAAUUUCCUCCUAUCUUCAAAACUAUACACGAGAUCCCUCCGGCUAACACAGUGAAUACCUCAUCUCAAUCCCAAUUCAACAAAAAUCCAAACUCCUUGUAAAGUACUCAGAUUCAAAAUUAGUACAACAGCAAUCUAAGCAAUACUAAUAACUUAACAAUAAGCAACAACGAUCCAGAAAUCAACUCGUCGCCAUAUUUCUGGUAUCCGCCUGUGCAAAAUAUAAAGAUGCACUAUGAGAAGCUCGUUAAUAAGAGACAGUAAAAUCAUCAGAACUCAAAUAUGUCCAUGAUGAUGUAAAGCCAACAGCAGGAUAAAAAUCUCAGGAGGGUAGUCUAUGUGGCGCCUGAAAAAAAUAGAGUGUCACUCACUGAGCACAGGCAUCAAACUGGAGGUACUACUACUCCAAAAUAAAAUGAGCAGAUUGUUUUGCUGAGUGGAGAAUGCAAUUGGCGCUUCAAGUUCAAAUUAGUUGGCAUUGAAAGACUUAAUGUAAUCUUCAAUGAAAUAAAGUAGAGAGUUGCUACAGAUAACUUGAACACAGAGCCAAGAAACGUUACUUUAAAGCCUCAAAAGUUGCAAUAUCGAAAGCACCAGGGCAAGAAACAAGAGGAAAUUCAGAUAAACCCGAAUGAAGGUUCUCAAAUGACUGUAAGCACCGCUAGCGUUGGUGCUAAUCCAUCUGGCUCUGUGCAUUAAAAUGAUCCUUCAACUCGAACUUAGAGCUUAAUGAGGUUCUUCAAAAAGAAUAAGCAGCCUGCCGUUGACAGAGAAGAAGAAAAGAAGUUGAAGACUACUAAUCAAAAGAAAUUAAAAGUUGAGGAGGAGAUCUAGUCUCAGAAGUAUGACUAUGUUCCCACUAUGAUCAAGAAAACCAUCAAGAUGUUUCAUUAAAAGGACAAAAACGACGAGUUCAAGUUCAAAAAGAAAAAGCAUGGACACGGUCAUGACUCUAAACAUGAAUUUACUGAAGAUGAGGAGCACUUUCUUACCCAGGAGCUACAAAAGAUACACACUCCUUAUUGCAACUUCGGAAAUAAAUAUGAUACUAUAAUCAACUAUCAAAACAUUCUCUCGAGCACAUUCUCAAAAUGCACACCUUUGAAGUUGGUAGUUGAAUGCACUCUGUUUCAUGGAUGCGAGACUCUAACCUAGAGUGUGCACUCUGAAGAAGCGUACUUCAAUAACACUGUGAGAUAUAACCAAUGGAUUAAUUUCGGUAAUCUAAGGUACUGCCAAAUUCCAAUGAAAACAAGACUGUCAUUUAACAUUAUAAUGCUGACUAAGGAGGGAUAAUAAUUAACAAUAGGAUGUGUGUCUCUGAACUUAUUCGAUGAGAAGGGUAGAUUUAGAAAUGGCUUAAGAGAACUCAAUGUUUGGCCUUUCUAUGAAUUGGAUGAAAGACUAGGCUGUAUGAAGGAAUAUAAUGGAAUAACUGUGAGUUAGGCUUAAUCAAAGGAUUUUCACAAACAAAUAGACUCUUUAUUCACUAAAUUACUGAUAGAGUUUGAGGGAUUCAACUAUCCAUUUUACUACAGCAGCAGAGAUGAGAAAAAGAUCGAUUUCUAUAAGUUGUCCACUAAUUACGAAGAUCGUGAGGAUAAAGCAAAUCUUAUCAAUGUAUAAGUAAAGAACCAAGAUCUCGCUAAACUGAAAAGAUACUUGAAUCAGAAUCCAUUGACUAAGUUUGAUGAUACAGUCAAGAGAGAGCUCUUCAAAUGCAGAGAGCAUUACCAAACACAUCCUCAGGGCUUGCCUAUUUUUCUUAGAAGUGUAUAAUGGAACAGGCCGAUUUAGGUUAAUGAAGUAUAUAAAAUGCUCUAGAACUGGGCUUUAAUGAAACCAGAAGAGGCCAUAUCUCUCUUAGAUGCUAAGUUUCCAGAUGAAAGAGUCAGAAAAUAUGCAGUGGCUAGAAUAUCUUAGCUAUCAGACGAUGAUCUGGCUUUGUACAUGCUGCAGUUUUCCUAAGCUUUGCUAUUUGAAGAACAGCAUUUCUCUCAUUUAGCCGAAAUGUUGAUAGAGAGAUCUCUUAAAAAUCCAUAUGUAGUUGGUCAUGCAUUUUACUGGUCUCUGAAAAGCAAUUUAUAUCUAAAACCAUCUUAUGAGAGAUAUUAUGUGCUUCUAGAGUAAUUUCUGAUGCUUUGUGGGAAGUUUAAAGAAGAAAUCUGGAUAUAAUAAAAGGUUAAUACUUCCCUAAAAACAGUUUCAGAGAACGUGGUAGCUAAUCGUUACAAGGAGAAAAUUCCCUUUGCUGAUGUAAAGGAGAAAGCAAGGUAUGAUCUUAGGAAUCAAAGAAGAAAACUUCCUUUCCUGUUCACUCUUACCAUAGAUCCAAAAAUAGUUAUUAGGGAUUUUAACUAUGAGAGGCUGACAGUAUUUUCAUCAAAGAAAGUGCCUCUUUUAAUAACUUGUCUCAAUCAGUAACCAGGAGGCGAUCCUCUGAAUGCUAUAUUUAAAAAUGGAGAUGAUUUGAGGCAGGAUAUACUGACUCUGCAAAUCAUCUACAUUAUGGAUAAAAUCUGGCUAGCCAAUAAUCUGGAUCUAGCAAUGACGCCUUACAAGGUUAUGGGAACUGACUGCGAGUAAGGCUAUUUGGAAUUUGUAGGAAAUUGCAAGACACUGGCCUAUAUCCAAUAUAAGCGAUCUAUAUUCAACACAUUUUCUGAUGAUACGAUCGAGAAGUACAUGACUCAUUACCUUGGAAAGAAAUAUCCUGAUGAUUGGAGUGAAAGACUAGAAAAUAAUCGCAAGAUAUUUAUCAAGUCCACAGCUGGCUAUUGCGUAGCUUCUUAUGUGCUGGGACUAGGAGAUAGGCAUCCAGAUAACAUUAUGAUUAACAGAGAAGAGGGCAAUUACUUGCACGUCGAUUUUGGGCACUUUCUGGGUAAUGUCAAGAAGAAAUUCGGAGUUAAAAGAGAAAGAGAUCCAUUUGUGUUUUCCAAGGAACUUGCCUACUUUAUUAAUGGAGGGCCAUUAAACAAGAAUACUAGCAAGAUAAAAAUUAGUAAGAAAUUAUCUGAGGAAGAGCACAGAGAUCUGUCUGAGUCAAUACUGUCGCUCGAUUAAAAUGAAAGAAGCAUAAUUUCUAAAGGCAGUGAGAUUGAUGAAUCAAUGAAGAGUUAAAGCUUCAAGGAUUUCGAGGACAUGUGCUGUUAAGCCUACAAUAUACUUAGAAAAGACGGCCACUAACUUAUUAAUAUGUUCUUAAUCAUGCUUUCAGCUGGCAUGCCUGAGCUAAAAAAGGAUGAUGAUAUCUAGUUCAUGGUGAAUAGGCUUGACUUAAGCAUUUCUGAGCAAGAAGCUAGUAACAAGUUCAAAAAAGAGAUUCAGAGAGCUAUGUAGACAUAUUCAAGAAGAUUUGAUAACUUUUUGCACAAUAUUAAGGCAAAGUUUUCAAAGUGA